GGAGUGAUGCCAGGGGUACGUCAAUUGGGCGGGUGCCCCCUUCAGAUCCGGAGGACGCAAUGCAGUGCGCUUGGCGAAGAGAGACAGAAAAAGAAGUAUCGCAGUGGAAAUGUAGUGCGCCCGCAAUGGGUGGGAAAACGCAGGCAAACCCAGAAAGUGAUAAGCCGACAACACUUCGCCCUGUGUCACUAAGCACCAGUCAGCAGAAAAGAACGGCUGAUCGGAGGCGGGGAUGGAGGCUGGAUGAUCGGAGGCGGGGAUGGAGGCUGGAUGAUCGGAGGCGGGGAUGCGGUUCCGUCCGGGAAGCGGCACAGUGACGGCAGUCAACGCGGCCGCGAGCAGGACGUGCAGGAUUGGAGCACAUGACAGGAAAUGCUGACUGAUGAGAACCUUUAUGAAGAUGUACAAUGGGUGACAAGGACAGGCUUUUGCUCCAGUGGUAUAGACAUGUGUGACCUCCGGCACACUAGGGGGCGCUCUAUACAGGCUCCUCACACUGAGGACAUGUAGGGAGGGACUGAGCCUCGAGCGUGAACCUACCAUGCGUUUCACGAAAUUGAGGUGGUUCCGCACUGUUGCGGGCUUGCUCCUUUAUGUGGCAGACAUCAUUGCUGAUGUUUGGGUUGCGGGACAGUAUUUCAGCAAUGGAAAUUUUGCCUGGGGUUCCAUGACCCUCCUAUUUGUCCUGAAUGGGUUUGUGUGCAGCCAGGUGUUCAGUUAUGCCUGGUUCUGUGAUGACUCGCCUGCGGAGACCUCGACUGGCCGGAACUGCAAGCCCUCUCAGGUCAUACUGCACGUUCUCCAGCUGGGCAUCUUCACCAGGUACGUCCAGCACCUGAAGAUGGCCUGCAGGGUGCUGUGGGCCAAACAGUCCGCCGGGUACGACGAGGAUGAGCUCCACCUGGAGCUGUUCGGCCAGGCUGCCGACUUGAGCAUGCUCCGGCUCUUUGAGACCUUCCUUGAGAGCGCCCCCCAGCUGGUCUUGCAGCUAUACAUCGUCCUGGGCCAUGACGAGAGGUCCAUAAUUCAGUAUAUCUCUAUCGUCGGCUCAUUCUUGAACAUCGCCUGGGCGACCGUGGACUACUGGCGGUGCUUUCGACGGUCCAUGCCAAAUCUGCCUGAGAUGCCCUCUGGCGCCGCCCUGGUGGUGUACCUGCUGUACAAGCUGCUGACGGUGUGCGCGCGCGUGCUCACGCUCAGCAUGCUGCUGCUCUUCAGCACCUACUGCCUCUCAGCCCUGCUACUCCUCUGGCUCUUGGGUUUCCUGUGGACGCAUGCAGUCCAGACAGACUUCUGCACGUCCAAAGGUCUGGAGUGGUUCUACAGGGCUGUUGUGGCUGUCAUACUCAUAUUCACCUUUUUCAACGUGAAAGGCCAGGACACAAAAGUGCACAUGACUGUCUACUAUGCCAUGUCUGCUCUGCAGAACCUCCUGGUGCCUCUGAUGAUCUUCUUCUUGACACCAGCUGCCGAGAAGUUGGACUUUUUCUGGCAGACGGUCUUUGUCAUAGCAGCAGGCACUGUCAUGGGCCUCCUGUUCCUCUCUCUCUACUACUCCGUCCUGCACCCCAGAAGAGUAGCUCGCAUAGCUGAUGUGGUGGACGGACUAGAAGCUCGCAUGGCUGAUGUGAUGGACGGACUAGAAGCUCAGCAGGGCGUUCCACUUGGCUGGACUCCGCGGAUGAGGACAUUUUUACAGCAAUGACACCACUCUGCUGAAGGAAGCCUCAAGAACACGAAUGGGACAGUUUAAUUUGAAUUUUAAUGUGUACAAAGGAAAGGCAAUUUAUUUGCUCCGAAAACGGUGCGGUCUAAUGCGAAUUCCAGGUUAUGAGCACUAGGUGUCGCUGUUGCCUCACCUGAAACUUUAUUGAUUAAUAAGGGAGACGGCAUAAAAAUACAUCAGGUAUUUAUUCGGUAGUGAACAAAUGAAUUUCACCCUUUUAAUAAUGCAUAAUAAUAUAGGUAAAGCAAUACUUUGUAAUACGGAGUAUAUUUAUGAAGACGUUCCAGCCAGAUGGGACCUUUUACCGCCAAAUCGAUUGUUUGGGUCCUGGAAAGAAGUGAGCACUCGGGAACUGGAAGACAGACACUGAAAUAAAUAAAGGGACAUUAAAUUAUUCAUUA